UUUUGCUGUCUGACAUGUGAAUUACCAUCAGGCGACUGACUAAUAAAAAAUCAGAUUGAUUGUACAAAAUAAAGACUGAAAUAUGAAGCUCUUUAAUUCAAUGCUGAUCUGCCUAUAUGGAUUGGUAAUAUGCGACUGGAUAUUGGCCGCUCCCGAACCUAAGUGCAUGCUGAACAAGACUCGUGAAGAGCCUUCGGAGCCCGACCCCAUAAAUUUUAACGAGGACCCCAUUAUUUCUGGUGAAGUGAAAGCAUUGGAUAGACAAAUAGAGCUGCUCAAUUCGAUAAUAGUUUGGCCCUUCAAGUAUUUUUGCGAUGAAGGGAAAAAUGGCUUGAAGGACUGCGAUAUUAUAUGGGAGUACUUAACAACUUUGGACGUGGUAAAAAGAAGCAAGGCUUGGAUCACCGGGGAGAUGGAUUCCUAAGACCAACAAGGAUGAAAAGCCGAACUUUGCUCGGCGCAAGAAGAACGGCAAGAACAUCGCCCCAUUUGAGCCUUGGUUUAGUCUACAAUCCCGAUGGAGUUAUUAGAAACUACAAGAUCACCAUAUCACUAUCAUGGAGUUGCCCCGCUGCAGACUGCGCAACCAAACUAUAAGAAAAGCCAACCACUUUCACAACGCAACGAUAUUUAAUAACUUUUAUAAAAUUUACACUAUUAACAUAAACAGCAAUGGAUAAUGGAUUAUACAAUUAUUGAAUUAUUGGAUACAAUUAUUUUAGCA